CGUUAUUUUCAUCAUCCCAUUCCAAUCACAUUUACUUCCUUCUUAUCAUCACUAACCUCUCACCACCACCACAACCGCCGCCGCAUAUUCUCCCAUCUCCGGCAGAUACCAACAAUGACAACCGCCGCCACCGAAGACUCACUCCGUCAGGCACUCGCCGACAAGCAAUCAACGAUCGACGCGCGUGGCAACGCAAUCCGUCAACUAAAAUCAUCCGGCGCGUCGAAAUCGGAAAUUGAUGAAGCUGUUAAAGCACUUAAUGAUUUGAAGAUUGAGAAAACAAGUAUUGAGAAUCAGUUGAAAGCUUCUAUUUCUGGCGGCGGGGAAAGUAACGGCGUUGCUAACCGAGAUGCUUUCCGUCAAGCUGUCGUUAAUACACUUGAACGCCGUUUGUUUUAUAUUCCUUCUUUUAAGAUUUAUAGAGGUGUCGCUGGUUUGUAUGAUUACGGUCCACCUGGUUGUGCCGUUAAAUCUAACGUCCUUGCUUUCUGGCGUCAGCAUUUUGUUUUGGAAGAGGAUAUGUUGGAAGUUGAUUGCCCAUGUGUGACACCUGAAGUUGUACUGAAGGCUUCUGGCCAUGUUGACAAGUUUACUGAUCUUAUGGUUAAAGAUGAGAAGAGUGGAACUUGUUACAGAGCUGAUCACCUGCUCAAGGAUCAUUGCAAGGAUAAGUUGGAGAAAGACUUGAGUAUCAGUGCAGAAAAGGCUGCUGAAUUGAAACAUGUUCUUGCUGUUCUUGACGAUCUCUCUGCUGAACAACUCGGUGCGAAGAUCAAGGAAUAUGGUAUAGUUGCACCCGAUACCAAGAAUCCGCUCUCUGAUCCUUAUCCAUUUAAUCUUAUGUUCCAGACUCAAAUUGGUCCUUCUGGCGCCAGUACCGGGUACAUGCGUCCUGAAACCGCACAGGGUAUUUUUGUCAACUUCAGAGACCUGUACUAUUACAAUGGAAACAAGCUGCCGUUUGCUGCUGCUCAAAUUGGCCAAGCUUUCAGAAACGAGAUAUCUCCUCGACAAGGUCUUUUAAGAGUACGUGAAUUCACACUUGCGGAGAUAGAGCAUUUUGUGGACCCUGAUGACAAAUCACAUCCCAAGUAUUCUGAAGUUUCAAACUUGGAGUUUCUCAUGUUUCCAAGGGACGAACAAAUGUCAGGAGAGUCUGCCAAAAAGCUUUGUCUUGGUGAAGCGGUUUCAAAGGGGAUUGUAAACAAUCAAACACUUGCUUAUUUUAUUGGGAGAGUAUAUCUCUUUUUGACACGGCUGGGGAUAGAUGAAAAACGAUUGCGGUUCAGACAACAUCUCCCAAACGAGAUGGCUCACUACGCUGCAGACUGUUGGGAUGCAGAAAUCGAGUCUUCUUAUGGUUGGAUAGAGUGUGUUGGGAUUGCUGAUAGAUCGGCGUAUGACUUGCGUGCACACACAGAUAAAAGUGGUGUUGCUCUUGUCGCACAAGAAAAGUUCGCAGAACCUAAAGAAGUGGAGAAACUGGUUAUAACACCUGCUAAAAAGGAGCUUGGGCUUGCGUUCAAGGGUAAUCAAAAGAUGGUUGUUGAAGCACUUGAGGCGAUGAAUGAAAAUGAAGCCAUGGAAAUGAAGGCUGCACUAGAAUCCAAGGGUGAGGUAGAAUUUGAAGUUUGCACUCUUCAGAAGACGGUUACAAUAAAGAAGAACAUGUUGUCCAUAUCUAAGGAAAAGAAGAAAGAACACCAGAGAGUAUUUACACCCUCUGUGAUCGAACCUUCCUUUGGCAUUGGAAGAAUCAUUUAUUGUCUCUACGAACACUCCUUCUACAUGAGGCCGAGCAAAGCUGGGGAUGAACAGUUGAAUGUUUUCCGGUUCCCUCCUCUUGUGGCCCCCAUUAAAUGCACUGUCUUCCCAUUGGUCCAAAAUCAGAAAUAUGAGGAAGUUGCUAAACAAAUCUCCAGAUCUCUCACUGCAGUUGGAAUUUCAAACAAGAAAGAUAUCACAGGUACAUCUAUUGGUAAACGGUAUGCUAGAACGGACGAACUUGGGGUGCCAUUUGCUGUUACCGUAGAUUCGACAACUUCAGUUACAAUUCGUGAGAGGGAUACCAAAGAUCAGAUUCGUGUGAACGUGGAGGAGGUAGCAUCUGUUGUGAAGGAGGUGUCUGAGGGACGGAGCACAUGGGAUGAUAUCUUAAAGAAAUACCCUGCUCACACUUCAGCUUCUGCAGAUGAGUGAAAACUAUUCUGAUUUACAUGAGAUUCACUUUUGUUCUGGCCCCCUUAAACAAUUUCACUGUAUUUUAGACGUCAUCUUUUUUAUUCAACAAAAACAAGCAAUUUUUAGGUCAUAUAGGUCGUUCAUGUUCGAUCACUGUUUACAAAAAUGUUAAAAAGAAUGUGAUUUCUCUGGUA